CGCAAACGGGUGGGGCUUCAAUCCGAGCGUUUGUCCGCAGCCGUUCUCGCCUCCGGCAGCUAAAGAUGGUGAUAGCGAACCGGAACGAAGUGUCGGAGCGCAUGGACUCGGACGACUGCAUGCAUUGAUAGACAUCCUUCCUAAAGUGUGGUGCCCAGAAUUGAACACACCACUCCAGUUGAGGCCGAACCAAUGUUGAUACAGAUUCAGACUGCAUAGUUUGCCAACCAUCAGGAACAUUGGAUGAGCACUGAUGGUCUCUUCUUGAUCGAAGAUUGCCUUCCUCCUCUACACUACUCUCCAUCAAAGCGUAUAUCACCCGCAAAACGCAAGCAAUAUUACAUCAAUCAAGCGAUUCGUAACUCUGAUCUCAUUCCCAGGGCAAAAGGAAGAAAAAGUCUGAGGAGACUUGAGAACACUCACUAUUUGAUGAACCUUGUAGAGAAAGAUGACUGCACCAAAGAUGAAGGAGACCAGACAGAUCCUGCCUCCCCUACAAUUUUCACAGAAGCUUGUAGUAAUGAUGACUAUAUUGAGGUCUGGAAUGAUUUCAUGAACCGAUCUGGUGAGGAGCAAGAGAAGUUCCUACAUUAUCUAGAGGAAGAAGCGAAGAAGAAGUGCAAAGGAAAAGUGCACUUGAAUUCGCAGGACAAAAGAGGGGGCUACACAGGAAAGGAAUGUUUUCAGCGAAUUGACCGAAGACUCCGCAUUACUUUAAGACGGCGUCAGAUCCCCAUGGGAACCCUUGAGUUUUUAGAAGAGGAGCUGACUGGAUUCUUUGCCAUAAAGCCACAAUCUGUGUACAAAGCAAUGCUGGAAAAUAGCUAUGAGAGGUUGUUACUUCAUGCCCUUUGUCAGUAUCUGGAUCUUGUCUCGCAAAGUUCUGACUGCAAUGGAAAAAGGCAGACUGAAGUAAGCAACAAAGGCACAGACUUUCUACCUCCAGUACCCCUGUUAUCUGCCUACCUAGAACAGAAAAGUUGAUUGUGAAAUUUUCCCCUUCUUAAUUCCUUCAUAAUUGUAAAUGUUGUAUUUAUCUAAUCAUCAGCAGCCAAAAUAGCCUAAUGUAAAAAGUUCCCUGUGCCGCUCAGUCACACAAGGAUCUAAAAGCAAAGGCUGUGAUUUCUGGGUAUAUAGUUAAUGAUUUGUUAAUGUGCUUAAACCAUAAAUACAUUUACACUUAGAAUGUAUUCAAUUUUUGAAGAUUCGUCAAAAAUAUAUGGUGCCUCACUUUUUAUUUUUCUAAUGCUUUGUGAUAUUCAAUAUUGAUACAAACUUAAAUGUUUUCUGCAGAUCAGUUUAUGUAAUAUUGUAGGGCUAUGGCUAUUCUGAUUACUUAUUUAUAAUGUUUGUUUUUUAAAAAUUCUUCCCAUCCAUUUUUCACCAUCCCUGUCCUGUGAGAGUUGCCUUGUACUGAAGGAGUUGGGCGGGGAGGAACGUUGUUGGUGGUGGUUCCAGAGCUCUUGGCAAUCUGUUUUCUUUUAUCACAUCUGGCUAUUCUUCAUGUGAGAGUCUGGAAUGAGUAUUAACAGUGGUCUCACCUAACAUGUACUUCAGAAAGACUUCCCAUUUGGGAGUAAGGAGCAGCAGUUAAUUAGCAUGGACCAGGGCAGUGAACUGGAACCCUGUGUAGCUAAGGAACCAUGCCAUGCGGUGCAUUUUAUCUCCAAGACAAUGGAUUGCUGGAAAACUUAUUUUAAAAUAUUGUAAAGUGCAUUUAGCUGUGCGUUUCUUUAGGUAACAUUAGGUAUUGCAGAAAAUACAUACAUUUGAAGUUGUAACAUUUUCUGCCUGUGAUUUGUUUUAAGUUUUACUUCAGGAAUUACUCAAUAGAGUUGAUUGGUUUUUGGUGUGUAUAAGUUUAAUAAGAAUGAAAAAUACAAGCUUGGAUUUGGACUGCAUUGUAUGGACGGUGUUACUUUUCUGGUAUAUUUGCAUGUGGUGUGAACUUAGUCACCAUGGAUUUAAGUUUUUUUUUAAAAAGUGCCAUGUCUUGUUUGUUGGAGUGUGUGCUAUUUAAUAAAAAUUUGUCAAAAUGCUUUCAAAGCUUCAA